CAUUAAAUUCAACUCUCAAUGCGUUACUUGAACCUGUAAGCGUUAUCCCCAACCUCGCUCCCACACGUCAUAUUUCCCUUUCAAUAUUUCUCUUUCUAAUUUCCUAUUGGCUGCCGUUUUCGCUAUUAGAAUUCUAGGGGUCUCAGUCUCUGCUCUGCUACGCCCUACAACCAUAAACGUGCAUUAUAUAAGCUCGUAACGUCCCACUUCACCCCUUCAAUCACACAAUUCAUUUCCAUUUCUCUCUCUCAUGCAGCCCAGAAUCCCUCCCCUUCAUUUCCUCUCCCCACGUGAAACUCUCCCCCACCUCUCUUUUCAUCUUUCCUGUUAGCUCUGUCGGAUCAAAUCUUUUCAACUUAAUAAUAACAGUAACUGUAAUCAUCACCAAACAUCUUCCUAUAUAUUAUCUACCCCUUUCUUUGGCUACUCUCCACGAAAAUUUCUUACCCUUGCCCUGAGGAUGAUGGAGUUGGGUUUGGUUUCGAAAGAUACAACCUGGUGGAUUUUUACUCUUCCAGCUUUCUUUGGAUCCAAAAGCCUUCUUGAUGGGUACGUUUUGUUUUCCCUCUGUAUGGCUUUUCUGUCUCUUGCCCUUCUUACGUGGGCUUUUGCUGUCGGGGGAAUUGCAUGGAAAAAUGGAAGGAACCGAAAGGGUAGCCUUUCUAUUCCUGGUCCUAGGGGUCUCCCUAUUUUUGGUAGCCUCUUUACUUUGAGUCGUGGCUUGGCGCACCGUUCUCUUGCCGCCAUGGCUUGGUCCAGGUCCAACACUCAGCUCAUGGCUUUUAGCCUGGGUUCCACUCCUGUAGUUGUAGCUUCUGAUCCCCACACUGCUCGAGAAAUCUUGACCUCCCCUUACUUCUCUGACCGUCCCAUCAAGCAGUCGGCUAAGAGUCUCAUGUUCAGCCGAGCGAUAGGGUUCGCUCCCAAUGGCACCUAUUGGCGGCUUUUGAGAAGAAUAGCUUCAUCCCACCUCUUUGCACCAAAGCGCAUGAUAGCACACGAAGCCGGUCGCCAACUAGACUGCACCAUCAUGCUACGCAACAUAGCAAACGAACAGAAACUCCAUGGCUUUGUUUCCUUAAGAAAACAUCUUCAGUUUGCUGCUUUGAACAAUAUCAUGGGAAGUGUUUUUGGCAAAAGAUAUGACCAGGAAAAAGAUAGUGAAGAACUGGAAGAGCUUAGGGAUAUGGUAAGAGAAGGGUUUGAACUCUUGGGAGCUUUUAACUGGUCUGAUUAUUUGCCAUGGCUAAGUUAUUUCUAUGACCCGUUUCGUAUCAAUCAACGUUGCUUGAAACUCGUUCCCCGAGUUAGAAAACUAGUCAAAGGCAUCAUUGAAAAACACCAACAACUCAAUGAGUCCGAAAAACUGUCUGACAAUGCUGAUUUUGUUGAUGUUUUGCUCUCUCUUGACGGUGAAGAAAAACUCCAAGAAGAUGACAUGGUUGCUGUUUUAUGGGAAAUGAUUUUUAGAGGAACUGACACAACUGCUUUGUUAACUGAGUGGGUCAUGGCUGAGUUGGUGUUGCGCCCGGAAGUACAAUCCAAGCUACAACUUGAGAUUGACAGUGCCGUGACAGACAAAAGCCUCACCGAUGCUGACGUGGCUAAGUUACCUUACCUUCAGGCGGUGGUCAAAGAAACCUUACGGAUCCAUCCCCCAGGCCCACUCCUUUCGUGGGCCAGGCUAUCCACAUCAGACGUCCAGCUCAGCAACGGGAUGCUUGUUCCCGCCAACACAACCGCCAUGGUGAACAUGUGGGCCAUAACCCAUGACCCCCACGUGUGGGAUGACCCACUCGAGUUCAAGCCCGAGAGGUUCUUGGUAGCCAACGUGGACGUCAGAGGUGGUGACUUGAGGCUCGCACCCUUCGGCGCUGGGCGCAGGGUUUGCCCUGGGAAGAACCUUGGGCUGGUCACGGUCAACCUUUGGGUGGCCAAGUUGGUGCACCAUUUCAAAUGGGUUCAGGAUAUGGAUGCUCACCCGGUGGAUUUGAGCGAGGUUCUGAAGCUGUCUUGUGAAAUGAAGUUUCCUUUGCUUGCCCUUGCUUUGGAAAGAGGUGGUGCCCUUUUGCCUUAG